UUUGAAGAUUAAAAUAAAAUAAAAAAACUCACCGUACCGGAAGUAAAUAUGAUUCUUUCCUGUGACGUAGCGCUAGCUCCCGAUGCUACACGCGGGAAACAGGCGGAGCUGAUCAUCACUGUGACAAGCGUCGGUCAACGCCUGUGAGCUGAAAUGGGAGACACACUGGAGUUCAACGAGAUCUAUCAGGAGGUCAAAGGCUCCUGGAACGAUGGGCGGCUGCGAUUCAGCAAGCAGAACGUUGUUUAUAAGAGCAGCAAGACGGGGAAGGUGGACAGCAUCCCUGCAGGCGAGCUCAACGCGGCCCAGUGGAGACGAGUUUGUUUGGGCCACGGCAUCAAACUCGGCACCAGCACGGGACACAUCUACAAAUAUGACGGCUUCAGGGACACGGACUUUGAGAAGAUUUCUGAGUUUUUCAAGGCUAACUACAAGGUGGAGCUGACGGAGAAGGACAUGUGUGUGAAGGGCUGGAACUGGGGAACAGCCAAGUUCUCAGGCCCGCUGUUGUCGUUCGACGUCAACGAAAACACAGCCUUUGAGAUCCCGCUGUCCAACGUUUCCCAGUGCGCCACAGGGAAGAACGAAGUCACCCUGGAGUUUCACCAAAACGACGACACAGAAGUGUCCCUCAUGGAGGUCCGAUUCUACGUCCCACCCAGCCAGUCCGAUGAACGACAAGACCCUGUAGAGGCGUUCGCUCAGAACGUGUUGUCUAAGGCUGAUGUGAUCCAGGCCACAGGCGACGCUGUGUGUAUCUUCAAAGAGCUGCAGUGUCUUACACCCAGAGGAAGAUAUGACAUUCGUAUCUACCCAACGUUCCUCCACCUGCAUGGUAAGACUUUUGACUACAAGAUUCCCUACACCACCGUCCUCCGACUCUUCCUGCUGCCACACAAGGAUCAGAGGCAGAUGUUCUUUGUGAUCAGUCUGGAUCCUCCCAUCAAACAGGGUCAGACACGGUAUCACUUCCUUAUUCUGCUCUUCUCCAAGGAAGAGGACAUCAACCUCACCCUCAACAUGAGCGAGGAGGAUGUGGAGCGUCGCUUUGAGGGCAAACUCAGUAAGAACAUGUCCGGCUCUCUCUAUGAGAUGGUCAGCAGAGUGAUGAAGGCCCUGGUCAACCGCAAGAUCACUGUACCUGGAAACUUCCAGGGCCACUCCGGGGCUCAGUGCAUCACCUGCUCCUACAAGGCGUCUUCAGGCCUCCUCUAUCCUCUGGAGAGGGGCUUCAUCUACGUCCACAAGCCGCCCGUUCACCUGCGCUUUGAAGAGAUCUCCUGUGUCAACUUCGCCAGAGGCACCACCACGACGCGGUCCUUUGACUUCGAGAUCGAGACCAAGCAGGGAAACCAGUACACGUUCAGCAGCAUCGAGAGAGAGGAGUAUGGCAAACUUUUUGACUUUGUCAACGCCAAGAAGCUCAACAUCAAGAACAGAGGGUUCAAGGAGAAGAAGGGCAUGAAGGGUAAGAUCGACGAGUACAGCGACUCGGAUGACGACCAGCACGACGCCUACUUGGAGAGGAUGAAGGCCGAGGGCAAGAUCAGGGAGGAAGGCAACGACAGCGACGAAUCGGACGGCGAAAGUGAUGAGUCUUUCAACCCUGGGGAGGAGGAUGAUGACAUUACAGAAGAGUACGACAGCAACGCCUCGGCCAGCGAGAGCAGCGAUGAAGGGGACGACAGCGAAGACGAGAGCGCCAAGAAGAAAAAGCCCAAAAAAGCCAAAGUGGUGAAGGAGAAAAAAGAAAGGAAGCCACGGAAAGAGAAGAAGCAGAAGGAUACCGGCGGCCCCAAGAGGCCGAUGAGCGCCUACAUGCUUUGGCUCAACUCCAGCCGCGAGCGAAUCAAAUCGGAGAAUCCUGGCAUCUCCAUCACAGAGAUCUCCAAGAAGGCCGGAGAGAUGUGGAGGCAGCUGGGCAAAGACGAGAAGGAGGAGUGGGAAGUGAAGGCAGGCGAGGCGAAGAGGCAGUACGACAAAGCAAAGAAAGAGUACAAAGAGAGCGGCGGAGGAUCAACUUCCACCUCCAAGAAGGAGAGUAAGAAAUCUGGAGGCAAAAAGGACGAGAAGAAGAGGAAGUCUGCCGCAGCAGAUAAGGACAGGGACCGGGCCGGAGGCAACGACAGCUUCAAGAGCCGAGAAUUCAUCGAGACCAGCGAGAGUUCGUCAGACUCUGAUCACAAGAGCAAGUCCAAGAGGAAGAAGCAUGAGUCAGAUGACGAUGAGGAAGAAGAAGCAGUGUCCACACCUGCCAGCUCAGAAGAAGAAUCUGAUUAAACACUUUUUCAGAUCAUACACACAAACCAAGGACCAAGCACUCAUACUCGCUAUGUUAAUAUCACAUUGACGGACGGACGGAUCAGCAGACAGAGUUUUUUUUUUUUUUUUCUUCUACGUGUUAAGUUCCAACAUCCUGUGACUGACUCUGAAAACUUGAGCGACCUUCCUCCUGACAGCUCGGAGAGACGACGGUACGCCGGUGUACCAUUUGAAUCCGUGAAGGGGUUUCCAUCUGAACCAUGUGAGGUUUUCUUUUAGUUUCAAAGUAGUGAGGAUUCUAGGAGUUACUAGUGAAAUAAUGUGGAUGGGUAGCAGAUGUAAAGCCAUUUCGUUCCUCUUGUGUAGAGAGACUUUUUAAAAACAAUCGUUUCUGUGUUUUGCAAUGUUAUGAUUUCAGGCUGAAAUAAAUAAAUGAACCAUUUUCAAUAAA